AUGCCCGAAUCAAAACCAGAUGCUGAGGCUGAUCGCCAGAAAGCCAUGGCGGCCGUACAGGCCAUGUUCCAAAGAUACCAUCUUUUAUCCGCCCAGCGGCCGAACGACCACAUUGACUUUGAUCGCGAAGUUAUGCGCAACAUGAAGCUGGUCGAUGCAGGCAUGGACGGCUCGGUGGAAUUUGAACUGCUCAUUACGCCCAGUUACUCGAAUUUGAAUAACGUAAUGCACGGCGGCGCCGCAGGCGUAAUCUUCGACAUGUCGACCACCACCGCCCUGUGCCCUCUCGCACAGCCCGGAUCCUGGGAAUUCAUGGGCGGUGUGACCCGCACGCUCAACAUCUCGUACCUGAAAGCCGUGCCCAUCGGGACCACCGUGCGCCUCAAGUCGAAAGUCAUGUCCGUGGGGCGGCAAAUGGCGAUGGUGAGGGGCACGAUGGAGAGUCUGGAUGGGAGGGUCACGUAUUGUACGGUUGAGCAUCACAAGGUUAAUGCGCCGGUGUUGGAGCAUAUGAGGGCCGUGAGGGUGGAUUGGGAUGAGGUGUUUGAGAGGGAGUGGGGAGUUAGGGAGGGGGGAGGGACGUUCAAGUCGAAGAUGUAG